AUGUCGAAACAUCAACACCACAAUGUACAGCAAAUGGUUGGAACAUCCUCGCCGAUGCUCUUUCACACUAGUAAUUUGAAUGAAUCGGAAAUGAAACAACAUGGAUUACAUCCCUCAAAAUUAUUAGCCACAUCAUCCUCUUCAACAUCAACCUUUGAGGAGAAGAGAACACUUGUCAUGAUUCAUGGUUGGCUUCAAAAUGCACAAGUAUUUGAGAGAAAGACUUUGGAAUUUAGAAAGUAUCAUUUUGAGAGAGGAAAUUUACCAAUUCAAAACUUUGUUUAUCCAAAUGCACCUUUUGUAGCUGACAUUCCACCCAAUACUAAGGUAGCAAGUAUUGUCAUGGGAACAUCUUCGGAGGUCAAUAAGAAACCAAAAGAAUGUUUCAGAAGUUGGGGAUUAGGACGAGAUGGAGGGAAAGUUCAUCACGGAUGGAGACAAUGUAUGAAUUAUUUGAUUAGAUUCAUUGGAAAACGAAGGAGAGAAGGACAUAUCAUUGAAGGUCUAUUAGGAUUCUCACAGGGAGGAAUGAUCACCUCAAUUCUGUCAACCUUAAUAUCCCUCGAAUUUUAUGGAUUAUUGAAUAGAGAUAAUUUACCACCUUCAUUAUUUGAAAAGUCAGGGGAGGAUCCAGACGAAACCAACUUUGAUGAUAUUAUCGAGGGAAUUAGAAAAGUUUUCUUUAAUCUUGAUGAGAAUGGAAAUAAGAAGUGUAAUUUAAAGUUUAUAAUUUUGAUUGGAGCUUUCAGACCUUCAUCGAUACAAGUCUCAGAACUUUUGAAUGUAUUACUCAUGAGAGGUCUCAAAAUUGCUCCAUGUUUUGUAAAUAUUCACCUCAUUGGUUUACAAGAUGACAUUGUAAAACCAGUUGACUCUCAGAAUUUUGCUGAAGAUUGUUUUUGCAGAGAAACAUCACUUAUAUUAACCCACAAUGAUAAACAUAUUCUCCCUUGUAAAGAUGAAGAUGGUUUAGAUACACCUCAAUUUCAUAGAUUUAUUAGAUCAGCUCUGUAA